AGAUUUUACGCGUGCCUGCAGUAGCUAUUAACCUUUGACCCGACCUGUAGGUUAGCAAAUUGUUUUUAGCCCAAGCAAGAUUUGUAACUUGUCGAUCUGUUUACUCUGCGAUUUGAAUUAUGUCUUACGGACCUCCCCCAGCCUACAACCCGAGCCACAGCGGAGGUGGUGGCUAUUCUGCACCCCCACCCCAGCAGCAGUCUUAUGGUCAGCCCCCACCUUACCAUGGUCAGCAGGGUUACGGCCAGCCCCCAGGACAGCAGAACCCUUAUGGUCAGCAAGGCCCAGGAGCACCACCACCACAACAGGGCUAUGGAUCAGCCCCCCCACCACAACAGGGCUAUGGAGCCCCCCCUCCACAACAGCAGAGGUAUGGAGCACCCCCUCCCCAGCAGCAGGGGUAUGGGGCACCCCCUCCCCAGCAACAGAGGUACGGGGCACCCCCUCCACAACAGCAAGGGUAUGGAGCCCCCCCACCCCAGCAGCAGGGAUAUGGAGCACAACAAGGCUAUGGUGCCCCCCCUCCCCAGCAGGGCUAUCACCAGGGUUACCAGGCCCCUGGGUAUGGCGGCCCUCCCCCUGGUGUGGACCCAACAUUGUGGGGCUGGUUUCAGACGGUGGACCAAGAUCGAUCGGGAUCCAUCAACGCGACGGAGCUACGGUCAGCGCUGGUGAACGGGAACUGGUCCCACUUCAACCCAGAGACCUGCAGACUGCUCAUCGGCAUGUUCGACCAGGACAAGGAUGGUACCAUCAACAUCCAGGAGUUUGCUGCUCUGUGGAAGUACAUCAAUGAUUGGAAAGGCUGCUUUGACAGGUUUGACCAAGACCGAUCCGGCAACAUUGAUGCUCAGGAACUAAAUAAUGCCUUCAGAACUUUUGGAUAUUCACUAUCACCAAACUUCUGUGGGAUGAUUGUUACAAAGUUCGACAGGACUAGCAACCAUACGAUCAACUUUGAUGACUUCAUCCAGGUGUGCGUGAUGCUGAAGUCACUUACGGACAAAUUCCGACAGAAGGACGUCCACAGCAGGGGCAUGAUCAGGAUCAACUAUGAGGAGUUCCUUGAGAUGGUUUUGGAGAACAACGUUGUAUAGAAGCCUGUGAAACGGACUGCAGAGUUUGUCUUCACUAUAUCUGGCUGUACUUUUACAUGAGAUUAUGUAUGUAUCUGUUGUCUGUAGUUGAAGUUUGAAACAAGAUUUAUUACGUAAAGAUAGUGACUGAAUUAUCUCCUGUAGUUAAGUGAGUAGAGUUUGGUUCAUGCAUGGUGAUCAUGAUCAAUGUAUGUUAUACAUGUAUACAGGGACUUUGACUUUAUCCAAUAUAUGUUAUGAGGUGACUGUAAUUUCUGGUCCUUAGACAUAGUUGCAAGCAUGUAUUAUCAAUUAUGCCCCUUCUUGUUAGACAAGUCAUGCCCCCUGUUGAUUGUUUUGAUAAAUUGUACUCUUUGUGUACUACUGAAAUAUUUUUUUAGAACCUACAAAUACAGAAUCCGUUGUUUUAGUUCCAAGUUUCGACAGAAGAUUGUCUGUAUAACAGUCACCAUUUUUCAUCUUUUUGACAUCAAAAUAGAAUUAUGAUAAUAAAAUGAUAGCAAAACUGAAAUGAAACACUUUUGUAGAGUGAUAAUGAAAUGGAAAAUGGUAUCCAAAAAAGGAAUGGGCUUAGAAGUAAAAUACAAUCAGUAGAUGUUUGGGUAUACGGUAUUACAAAUUGGUGCCUGUUCUUAAAUUAAGGACUGUAACAUCUAGACUCAAUCUUGGUCCCACCAGGUCAAUAGUGUUGUGAAAUAGUUAGUAGUUUUGUACUUUGAAUGCAGUGUACUUAGAGCAAUGACAUCAUACCAUAGUUGGUACAGGUGAUGGUACAUGUAAUUGUCUAUAUCUCUUUAUAAGUGAAAUGUGAAAAUUUUAGGUUUGAAAAAUUUACCAGGCAAACCUACCUUGUUUUGUAAAAAAAUGGCAGUGUAUCUUUUCUUCAAUGCAUUUCUUGACUAUUAUGUGGCUAAUGUAAAUGUCUCAAUUGUCCCACUUCAACGGUAACGAAUUUGGCAUAAACCAUCUUACAAUGAGUACAAGAACGGUUUACACUUUAGAGUAGCAAUCUGACCAGAUGUAUUAAAAAAUCAUUCUCAGAACUGAAUUGAAACAGUUAUACAUUUUCAACUUUUCAUGUCCUCUCAUAGCCUGGUGUCCAACUGUACUAUAGUUCCCGAGUUUCUUCUAUCCUCUCAGGAAAUACGGAUUGGACAUAUGAGACUUGGGAGCUAUAAUAUGGCUGGAUACCAGGCUAGUUCUCUCAGGCUACAGCUGUUUUUAGAGGGUGGAAUCCCACCUGUGACUAUAGAGCUUAUUCAUGUGAUGUCAUCACCCCUUAAAUCUUACUGUUACCCAAAUUUGUGUGCACUUUACCAGUGCUGGACCAACAUCCCACCACAAGGCAAUGUGCGUUGUUUAGGAAAUAUUUACAUUUUUUAUGGCAGAGUUGCAUAGGGCCCCACUGUGGGCACGUUGAAUCUGGUACACCAAGAUGGCCGACUUCACUGGUUGCUAUGGAGGCCUGUUAGUUGCUAAGGGGAGGAUCAUGUGACUGAAUAAGCCCUAUAAUUUCUUCUAUGCCAUGCACCAAUACUGAAAGUUUUGUACAUUUUUCGAAAAAACAUGGUAAGUGUUGUAGGGAAAUGAAGAAAGCAAUGAUGUUUCUUGUAAUUUGGCUUGUAUCAAGUCAUUAAGACUAGCAACAGCAUUUGUCACAUUUCAUUGGUAAUGACCCCUAGUCAUAAUCAAAGAAAAACACUCUGAAAAAAUGUACGUGAUUAGUAGACAAAAGUUCACUGUCGUAAACCUAUUGAACAGAAAAUGUGACUGUUGCACAGGAUAAUUUUAACCAAUGAAGAUGGUACCCAGGCGAUGUGAUUUGCUGCUGUAGGAUUGUUUUGUACUUCUACAUCAUAAAUGUGUUGAACAGUAGACAAAUUUCAUAACAGGGAAUUUGUUCACAAAUUGUCAUCAUGUACGUCCAUAAGGCCACUUCAAUUUUAUUUGUUGUUUCUCAGAUUUCCUGACCCUAUUUUUUCCAAUUUGAAAAAAAAAAAACUUUUCAAAUUGAUGGCCACACCUCGUGUUGGCAAAAUGUCACUGCCUCUCUUUUCUCUUUGAGCUACAAAUUUUAGGUAGAUAAUCCAGAAAAACAAACCUAAAUUCGGGAAGCAUUUCAAUUCAAGUAGAAAAUCUGAAAACUAUUAUUAUAUCUUGCUAAACCUGUUGUUAUUUCUGUUGUGUAACUUGAGUAAGCCCCUCAAUCUCUCCUUGACUUUUUGCAAAAACUUUUGUAUAUUUUUUUUCGAUCGAUCGACCCAAUUUUUUUCUAAAAAAAUGUUAUAGAAUGUAAGGAGCUAUGCCUCUUGACUAAAAUAGCAAAAGGGUAGCUUAUUCUCCAGGUUUGAGGAAUGUUGAGUGCACAAGUUCUAUUUUUUAAGAACGAGUGCAAUGACUUAGACAUUAUGUGAGCAAAAUCUCUGUGAGGAAAGCGGUUUGUGUGGUUCAAAGUUGUCCAUUGUUUGUGACAGAAAUUGUAAAAUCUGUUAUCAAA